UGUUGUCAGCAGUGGAGGGAUUGGGCGGGCUAUGGAUUGCACUGUGAAAGCCACCCUAUAAUACGUUUCACUACAGCUGGACGCUUCAACACAAGAGCUUACAGGAACAUAAGUAAAAAUGGAGGAUUACUUUGACAACGACGAUGGCCUGAAUGAGACUUACGACUACGGGGACUAUCACACAAUCUGUGAUAAAGAGGCCGUGCGCUCCUUUGGCAGCAUCUUCCUGCCUGUUAUGUACGCUGUGGCUCUCGUGGUGGGGCUGUCAGGAAACGCUUUGGUGGUGGUGGUCUACACUUCCCGCCUGCGUCUCCGCACCCUAACAGACGUGUGCAUUCUCAACCUGGCCAUUUCCGACCUACUGCUCCUCUUCACGUUGCCUUUCUGGGCCGCAGAUGCAGUUCACGGCUGGAGGUUGGGUCCUGCAGCUUGUAAAAUCACAUCUUUUGUCUACAGCACUAACUUCAGCUGUGGCAUGCUGUUGCUAGCCUGCAUCAGUGUAGAUCGGUACAGGGCGGUAGCCCAGGUUACAAGGGGUCGGCCCAGCAUAAGCUCUCGCCCCAGAAAACAGUGGCUGCUGGUGUGUGUGGUGUUGUGGGCUGUAGCCAGUUUCCUCAGCCUUCCAGAGUUGAUCUUCUCUACAGUCAAACACUCUCACUACAGGAUGUCCUGCACAGCCAUGUACCCUGUUCACAUGGCGCGUGCUACUAAAGCUGCCCUGGAGCUGCUGGAGCUAAUCCUCAGGUUCCUGGUGCCGUUUGUGGUGAUGGUGGUGUGCUACAGCUGGGUGGGUUGGACCCUAAGUAGAAGUGGAGGGGGGCGCAGACAGAGGAAGUGGAAAGCCCUGCGUGUGCUCCUGGCUGUGGUAGCUGUGUUCCUGCUCACUCAGAUGCCCUACACUUUGGUUAAACUGAGCCGCACACUGGACAUUAUCUAUCUGCUUGUGACAGACUGUGACACCAGCAUUAACCUGGACCACGCUAUGCAGGUGACGGAGAGCCUGGCUCUCACACACGCCUGCAUUAACCCCCUGCUCUACGCCUUCAUGGGUUCAUCCUUCAGGCUGCACAUCCUGAAGGCCGUUAAACACCUGGGCCAGCACCUGGGCAGUCACCCACGGCAACCGCCACAAGAGCCCACUGUGGAGAUUGCCCUGAACAACUGCUCACAAGUGCAGUCACAGUCUGACUCUGAUGACCAGGACACAAGCACUUUCACCAUUUAAGGGUUAUUAUAUACUCCUUAUCUUUUUGCACCUUACAUUUGUUAUUGUAUCUACAGAUCUACAUAUGUAUAUUUUUCAUAUUUUUUCUUGUUUAAAAAUGUACACAAAAACCACUGAACAAAUUAUCUGUAAAAUAAAAUGUAUAUCUAUUUUAUUGAUUUACUGUUGAAAUUGUUUACUGUUCCCAUCAUCUGCUUUUCAUUUGGCAUUGGUUAGGGUGUGGGGUGGUAUUACACAGAGGGCAAUCCAUCUAGUUUAAAAUAUUUAGAAACCCAACUAACAAAAUAAGGGAUUGUUAAUGUGUUUUCCUCCUUUGAUCAGGUGGAUUAUUUUAGUUCACUUAUAAAUGCAUGCCGUGAGUCAGACCAAUAUGGGGUAGAUCAUGCCCAAAGCAUUAGAGUUUAAACAUGAAACGUCAGUGUUUACAGUUGUAUACAUUUAGAAUUAGUCACUGUAUUCACUAAAACCUUCCAGCUCCGAACAGUGAAAGAAUAGCUCACAGCAAGGAGUGCUACAGACAACAGCAUGGAUACCGGACACCACACAAAGGAAGAGAUCUGUACUAGUUGAACAAGCAAAUUCUUUGCUCCACUCUGGCCUACAUGGAAUCUGGACUUUGU